AUGCCGUCGUGGCCGAACAGCAACGAGACCUCGGACGACGAUGACGAGUACAUGAGCGAGUUCAGCAGCAUGCAAAUGGAGUAUUUUAUAAGUCAGCUCAGUCUAUCCUCUCCCUCUCCUCAAACUCCUGAUACUGUGAUAGACCCUAGUUUCUGUGGGCUUGUGACUGAAUCUGACAGAAGGUGCAUCCUGCACAGGCAGAGGGCGGGCAAGUUUGUGGCAUUUGAAGGCACUGACACUGGCAGGAGAUUCAUAGGAUGUCCUACUGAGGAUGGUGUGAACUGUGGUGUUCUGGAGUGGGUAGAUGCCCCCUGGCCUGUAAUUCUGCAAAGAGCCCAGGAUAAUGAGGCUCAUGGGAUAGAGGUUGCAAAACUGCAGAAGGAGCUUGAUUCUCUGGCCAAUCAGUAUAGCCAGCUGGUGGAUGAUGUGUCCAAGUUGUUUGAUUAUCAGGAUGGAAUCAAAUCUCAUGACAUGGAUUGCACAAGCCAGGCAAUCAAUGAACUGAAGGAGAAGAAGAAGCAACUUGAGGAGCAGGCAAAGAUUGAGCUUCAAAUGGAGAAGCUUAAGCUCAAGAAAGAACAAAGGUGCAUCCUUCAGAGUCAAGCUGAUAUAAUCCAAAACACAAGGAAGGCCAUGAAGGAGCUAGAGGUGGAGAAAGAUCUCCUUAAAGAAGAGAAGAAGAAGCUGGAGAAUGUCAUUGCUGAGCUCCUUAAGGUUGGUCAUGGGUGCAAGGAAAAGCUGGACAAGAUAAAGGAAGUUGUGAUGGAGGAGUGA